AUGAGUGUGAGCAAUGAAGAACCUGAAAUAAUCUCUCUUUGUGAUGAUUUGGUAGAAGACUUGGUGCAUGUUGAGCCGGAAAUAGUAGAAAAUCAAAAUGAUGUAGACUUGCCUAUGAAUGAUUUGAAUCAAUCUUUUGCAUCUAAAUGGCCUUUGGAACCAUGUCUUGAUAUGGUAUUCAAUGACUCAGAAGAUGCUCAUGCAUGUUAUAAAGCAUAUGCAAGGCGAAAGGGUUUUAACAUUCGAAUAAAUCAUAAACGGUCAUCCAAAGAAGAUAAAUCAUUGGUUGGAGUGGAAUACGUUUGUUGGAGGGAAGGGUUUCGUCAUAAAAGUUAUGAAAAUAAAGAAAGAAAAGGUCCAAAACCUGCAAAAACUAGAGUGGGAUGCAAAGCAAUGAUGAGUUUAAAGAAAAAAGAAGGAGCAUGGAUUGUAACUAAGUUUGUGGACAAUCAUAAUCAUGAACUUCUUACUCCUAAGAGUACAAGUUUGCUUCGAGGACAUAGAGUGAUAUCACGUGCCAAAAAAAAUCUUAUAGAUACACUCAAUGAGUUAGGUGUACCUACAAGGAAGAUACUGUCAGUGUUGAAUAACGAAUCUGGUGGUGACUAUAAUGUUGGUUUUGUAUAUGCAAUUCAAGUUGAUGAACAAGGGCGCAUGGGAAAUUGCUUUUGGGCAGAUGCUAGGUCAAGAACUGCAUACCAACAUUUUGGAGAUGUCAUUACUUUUGAUGCUACUUACUUAACAAAUUGCUAUGGGAUGCCUUUUGUUCCUUUUACUGGGAAUACAUGGUUGUUAAAGACUUGGCUUGAGGCAAUGCUUGGACGUGCUCCUUCUACAAUUAUCACAGAUGAUGACAAGGCUAUGGGUAAGAAAGUUCCAGAAAAAUUGGCUCAUAUCUAUAAUAAAUAUCCACUUUUUCAAGGAAAAUUUCAUCAUUGCAUUCAUGAUACAAUCACUAUUGAAGAGUUUGAGUUAGAAUGGAGUGAGCUUGUAGAGAAGUAUGGGUUGGGAGAUAAUGAUUGGCUGAUAAAUCAUUAUAUGCGACGUGAAAAAUGGAUUCCAGCUUAUUUACGUAGGAGCUUUUGUGCUGGGAUGUCUACAACUCAAAGGAGUGAAAGCAUGAAUAAAUUCUUUAAAGGUUAUGUUCGUUCAAGUACAAUGAUAAGUGACUUUGUGCAUCAAUAUGAGAAAGCCUUAAAUGCGCGUUAUCUGAAAGAGAAACAGCAAGAUGUAAAGACAAAAACUUCAGUGCCAAUUUUGAAAACAUGUUACAAGAUGGAAGGAGAGGCGGCAAAAGUUUAUACAAGAAAGAUGUUUAUAAAAUUUCAAGAAGAGUUAUUUUGUAGUCAAAAAUACAAGGCAUCCAAAUAUCGUGAAGAAGGAGUGAAGAAAAUAUAUAAAGUGGCACCUCAUGGGAAAGAAAGUCCAAUUUAUGAAGUGUUAUUUGAAAUUUCUAAGAAAAAAGCUAUUUGUACAUGCCAUAUGUUUGAAUUUGUUGGAAUUCUUUGUAGGCACAUCCUAACCGUUUUUGUGAAAAAAUCUCUUGUGAACUUUCUUCCUCCAUAUUAUAUUUUAGAAAGAUGGACAAUCAAGGCCAAGAAUAAUAUUAUACAUGACAUAUCUGGUGAUGUCAUACAAGUGGAGCCACAAAUAUCUUCCACUUUGAUGAGAAAUAGUUUAUUGCUUCAUUUUUUGGAAGUUGUAGAAGUAGGGUCACAAUCAAUGAAGAAAUAUGAACAUCUUGACCUAGCUCUACAAAAGGUUCAUGUGGAGCUUCUAGCCAUGCAUGAUGUUGAUGAUUUAGUAAGUUCUGAUAAUACUAUACUAAACAGCCAAGUAUUAUCAAGUAUUAUUAAAUUUAAUCUCAACUAA